AUGACAGACCUCUUGAGAAGUGUUGUCACUGUCAUUGAUAUUUUCUACAAAUACACCAAGCAAGAUGGGGAAUGUGACACUCUAAGCAAGGAUGAGCUAAAGGAACUUCUGGAGAAAGAAUUUCGACCAAUUUUGAAGAACCCAGAUGAUCCAGACAAAGUGGAUGUCAUCAUGCAUAUGCUGGAUCGAGAUCAUGACCGAAGACUCGACUUCACCGAGUUUCUCCUGAUGGUAUUCAAAUUGGCUAUGGCCUGCAACAAGGUUCUUGGCAGACAAUACUGCAAAGCUUCAGGGUCAAAGAAGCGUAAGCAUGGUCAUCAGCACCAAAAGGAAGAAAAUGAAACGGAAGAAGAAGAGGAGGAGACAACAGGACAGAAACCAGGUUAUAGACACUCAAGUUGGAGAGAGUCGAGCUCAAGUGAUUUAUCCAAAUGUAGUAAACAUCAGUUCAGUUCAGAUCAGAACUGUAGAAAAGAACACCAUGUACCAGGAAAACAUGGUUCAGGUCAGUCUUGCUGUGAGCAACAAAAUACAAGAGAAAGACAGUCCUCUGGCUAUGGGCAGCACGGGUCGGGAUCAGGGCAGUCCACAGGCUAUGGGCAACACGGGUCCGGCUCAGGUCAGUCGACGGCCUAUGGGCAGCACGGGUCGGGCUCAGGCCAGACCUCUGGCUAUGGGCAGCACGGGUCCAGCUCAGGUCAGACCUCAGGCUAUGGGCAGCACGGAUCUGGCUCAGGUCAGACCUCGGGAUAUGGGGAGCACGGUUCUGGCUCAGGGCAGACCUCAGGCUAUGGGCAGCACGGAUCUGGCUCAGGUCAGACCUCGGGCUAUGGGCAGCACGGGUCUGGAACAGGGCAGUCCUCAGGCUAUGGGCAGCAUGGGUCCGGCUCAGGGGAGUCCACAGGCUAUGGGCAGCAUGGGUCUGGCUCAGGUCAGUCCACGGGCUAUGGGCAGCACGGGUCCGGCUCAGGUCAGACCUCGGGCUAUGGGCAGCACGGAUCCAGCUCAGGCCAGACCUCUGGCUAUGGGCAGCACAGGUCGGGCUCAGGUCAGACCUCUGGCUAUGGGAAGCAUGGGUCUGGCUCCAGAGAGUCCUCGGGAUAUGGGCAGCACUGGUCUGGCUCCGGAGAGUCCUCGGGAUAUGGGCAGCAUGGGUCGGGCUCAGGUCAGUCCAUGGGCUAUGGGCAGCACGGGUCUGGCUCAGGUCAGACCUCGGGCUACGGGCAGCACGGAUCCAGCUCAGGCCAGACCUCUGGCUAUGGGCAGCACAGGUCGGGCUCAGGUCAGACCUCUGGCUAUGGGAAGCAUGGGUCUGGCUCCAGAGAGUCCUCGGGAUAUGGGCAGCACGGGUCCGGCUCAGGUCAGACCUCGGGCUAUGGGCAGCACGGGUCCGGCUCAGGUCAGACCUCGGGAUAUGGGCAGCACGGGUCUGGCUCUGGAGAGUCCUCUGGCUAUGGGCAGCAUGGGACCAGAUCAGGUCAGUCCUCUGGCUAUGGGCAGCAUGGGUCUGGCUCAGGUCAGACCUCGGGAUAUAGGCAGCAUGGGUCCGGCGCAGGUCAGACCUCUGGCUAUGGGCAGCACGGGUCGGGCUCAGGUCAGAGCUUGAGAUAUGGGCAGCAUGGGUCCGGCUCAGGUCAGACCUCUGGCUAUGGGCAGCACGGGUCAGGCUCAGGUCAGUCCACGGGCUAUGGGCAGCACGGGUCCAGAUCAGGUCAGACCUCGGGAUAUGGGCAGCACGGGUCUGGCACAGGGCAGUCCUCGGGCUAUGGGCAGCACAGGUCCGGAUCAGGUCAGACCUCGGGCUAUGGGCAGCACGGAUCCGGAUCAAGUCAGACCUCAGGCUAUGGGCAGCACGGGUCUGGCUCAGGGCAGACCUCGGGCUAUGGGCAGCACGGGUCUGGCUCAGGUCAGACCUCGGGCUAUGGGCAGCACAGUUCUGGCUCAGGUCAGACCUCGGGAUAUGGGCAGCACUGGUCGGGCACAGGGCAGUCCUCGGGAUAUGGGCAGCACGGGUCUGGCUCAGGCCAGACCUCGGGCUAUGGGCAGCACGGGUCCAGCUCAGGUCAGUCCUCAGGAUAUGGGCAGCACAGGUCUGGCUCAGGUCAGACCUCGGGCUAUGGGCAGCACGGGUCCGGCUCAGGUCAGAGCUUGAGAUAUGGGCAGCAUGAGUCUGGCUCAGGUCAGACCUCGGGCUAUGGGCAGCACGGGUCGGGCUCAGGUCAGACCUCAGGCUAUGGGCAGCACGGUUCCGGCUCCGGAGAGUCCUUGGGCUAUGGGCAGCAUGGGUCCAGAUCAGGUCAGACCUCGGGCUAUGGGCAGCACGGGUUAAGCUCAGGUCAGACCUCUGGCUAUGAGCAGCACGGGUCCGGCUCAGGUCAGACCUCGGGCUAUGGGCAGCACAGUUCUGGCUCAGGUCAGACCUCGGGAUAUGGGCAGCACGGGUCGGGCACAGAGCAGUCCUCGGGAUAUGGGCAGCAUGGGUCUGGCUCAGGUCAGAUCUCGGGAUAUGGGCAGCACGGGUCUGGCUCAGGCCAGACCUCGGGCUAUGGGCAGCAUGGAUCUGGCUCCGGAGAGUCCUCAGGAUAUGGGCAGCACAGAUCUGGCUCAGAUCAGACCUCGGGCUAUGGGCAGCACGGGUCCGGCUCAGGUCAGAGCUUGAGAUAUGGGCAGCAUGAGUCUGGCUCAGGUCAGACCUCGGGCUAUGGGCAGCACAGGUCUGGCUCAGGUCAGACCUCAGGCUAUGGGCAGCACGGUUCCGGCUCCGGAGAGUCCUCUGGCUAUGGGCAGCACUGGUCUGGCUCCGGAGAGUCCUCGGGCUAUGGGCAGCAUGGGUCCAGAUCAGGUCAGACCUCUGGCUAUGGGCAACACGGUUCUGGCUCAGGUCAGUCCUCGGGAUAUGGGCAGCACGGGUCUGGCUCAGGUCAGUCCUCGGGCUAUGGGCAGCAUGGCUCCAGCUCAGGUCAGACCUCGGGCUAUGGGCAGCAUGGGUCUGGCUCAGGUCAGUCUUCGGGCUAUGGGCAACAUAACCUUGGCACCAGCAGCUCUACUUACUCUGGUCAACAAGCAUCUAGCUCAGGUAAUUCUUCUACUAAACAACAUGAAAAUAGCUGGGGUAGUUCUUCCAGUAAAAGUGGAAAACAAAGUGCUAUUCAACGCAGGUGGAAGAAGAAAUUAGACAAAGAAGAAAUGAUAGUGAUAGUGAACAAAGUGACAGCUAUAGAACAUCAGGAAGUGAAUCUGAGCUGGAAGAAAGUAAUCAUGCACAACAACAAGGAAACACAGGAUAUCAUAAUAGAGAGUCCACUGACAGUGAAACACAAUCAUCAGAUUCACACAGACAAUCAGGAUCAGUACAGAACCAGGCAGGCUCACAAUAUCCAGGGACAGAACCCGCAUCACAAGGGAGAUGGGAAACAACUCAUGGACAGAGAAGAGAUGCCACCAGACAAGCCCAGUCAAGUCAGAGACAAUCCCAACAAACUGGCUCCCAAACGUCUAGAAGAAGAGGUUCUGUUCAUAGUGAGUCAAGUGGCAGUGAGGAGCAUUCUGCAGGAUCUCACAGACAUGCAGGAUCCCAACAAAGGCAAGCUGGAGCUCAACAUGCAGAGUCAGGAUCCUCAGUUCAAGAGAAACAGGAAGCCACUCAUGGACAGAGAAGAGAUACUUCAAGACAACAACAGACAAGUCAUGGACAAGCCCAGCAAACUGGCUCUCAGACAACAAGAAGAGGAUCUGUUCAGAGCCAAGCCAGUGACAGUGAGGAACAUUCUGCAGGAUCUCACAGACAUGCAGGAUCCCAACAAGGGCAAGCUGGAGCUCAACAUGCAGAGUCAGGAUCCUCAGUUCAAGAGAGACAGGAAACCACUCACGGACAGAGAAGAGAUGCCACCAGACAAGCCCAGUCCAGUCACAGACAAUCCCAACAAACUGGCUCCCAAACGUCUAGAAGAAGAGGUUCUGUUCAUAGUGAGUCAAGUGGCAGUGAGGAGCAUUCUGCAGGAUCUCACAGACAUGCAGGAUCCCAACAAAGGCAAGCUGGAGCUCAACAUGCAGAGUCAGGAUCCUCAGUUCAAGAGAGACAGGAAAACACUCAUGGACAGAGAAGAGAUACUUCAAGACAACAACAGACAAGUCAUGGACAAGCCCAACAAACUGGCUCUCAGACAACAAGAAGAGGAUCUGUUCAGAGCCAAGCCAGUGACAGUGAGGAGCAUUCUGCAGGAUCUCACAGACAUGCAGGAUCCCAACAAAGGCAAGCUGGAGCUCAACAUGCAGAGUCAGGAUCUGCGGCUCAAGGGAGACACACAAGUACUCAUGGACAGAGAAGAGAUACAACUAGACAACAACAGUUAA